CUCUGUGUGCAGUGUAGUGAGGAGGAGCAGCUCCAGGCCAACUUUAGCUGCUGUUUGCAUGCACUUUUCUUAAAAAAGCAGAGCUGUGGCGGCUUCCUGAGGGGGCAGAACACCUCCUGCAACCUCAACUAACUUUUUAAGCCCCUCUGAGCCACAACACAAAGUCUAGAUUAUAAAGACGACAGAUAGGCUGAAAAUAGACCCUUCUGCUGGAACAAAUCCAGCACUUUGAGAAGCUGAAUAACUGUCUUUUUUUUUUUUUUUUCUCUGAGUGUGUGUGUGUGUGACAGUGUCUGAGUCUGAGUCUGAGCUCCUGCUCCGGUGUCUGGUCUGGAAGAGGAGACUCACAUUGCAGUUUUUUUUAGGAGGAUGGCAGAGUCCAGAAGGAGAUGAAAAGAGGAGAGGAGCAGCAGAGGUUUGUGUGCGGAACUUCAGAGCUGCAGAAGCCUUUUGUCCUGAGCUCUGCCUGCACAGUUGGGCCGGAUCUGACAAUGAAGAUGAGCGUGGAAUGCAGAUGGAUCGGUCAAGGCAAGCUUCCAAUGUAGCGCUUCCUGUUUGGAGUUACACCUGAGAGCGACCGUGUCUGAUGGAUUACGUUGUUUUCUCCGAGCUGCUAACGUGAAUCCAGAGGCCAGUGAGAUGUGGAAGCACUCGCCCUCAGGAGAGCUCUGAGAACCUGGAUGAGCCUUUCGAGCAACGCCCCGAACUUUCAAGUGAAGGAGACGAACCGUGGACUUGUUAUGGUGUGGCGUCGGACCCGUCGCGUGCUUUUAGCCCGUUUGUAGCACCCCUCUACCCCUCACCCCAUGUCACAGCUUCCCCUGAAUAAUGGAAAUUUUGUGGAAGACGCUGUGGAGUUGGACACUGAGCCUGGUGAUGAUGGCUGCUUCUGAAUUUCAAAGCGUCAACAGACUUUCACACAACUCUCAGGAGGAGUCCCUGUCCUACCUGCAGCACUACCAGCUGGCUGUCCCGGUGCGGGUGGACGAGAACGGAGAGUUCCUGAGCCACACCGUGAAGCACCACCGGCCUGGCCGACGGAGACGGGGCGCGGUGGACCCCAUGAUGGGACAGCCGCCGGCGUUGGACCCGGACCCCCCGGAGUCCCGCCUCUUCUACAGACUGUCGGCCUACGGAAGGCACUUUCACUUAAACCUGACACUCAACCCCCACUUGGUGUCGAAACAUUUCACAGUGGAGUACUGGGGCAAAGAAGGGCUGGAGUGGCGUCACAAUGUGGUGGAAAACUGUCACUAUGUGGGAUUCUUGCAAAAUCAGCACAGCACGAGCAGAGUGGCGCUAAGCAACUGCAAAGGCCUGCAUGGUGUUAUAACAACAGAGGAUGAGCAGUAUUUGAUAGAGCCAUUAAAGAACAUAUCCUCCACCACCUCCAGUGAAUGGAACCUGGAAGAAGCACAGCAGCAUGUUAUUUAUAAAAUGUCUUCCAUUCCCUCUCCGCAAGAGCCUAGCCAGGAGUUCAGCUGUGGCAUUUCAGACCUCAUAAAAAGCAGUGCACCUUGCCAGUCCAGCACACCCCCUCCUGUCCACUCGUCCCCUGCACCCAGAAACAUCAGCGAGCAGUCAAACAGCACCCACAGGCAGAGGCGCUCGGUUAGCAGCGAGCGCUUCGUGGAGACGCUUGUGGUCGCAGAUAAAAUGAUGGUCGGUUACCACGGACGGAAAGACAUUGAGCACUACAUCUUGUCUGUAAUGAAUAUUGUUGCCAAACUUUACCGUGAUGCCAGUCUAGGAAAUGUUGUGAACAUUAUUGUGACCCGCUUGAUUGUUCUCACUGAAGAUCAGCCUAACCUGGAGAUUAACCAUCAUGCUGACAAGUCUCUGGACAGUUUCUGCAAAUGGCAGAAGUCCAUCCUGUCUCAUCACAGCGAUGGAAACAGCAUUCCUGAAAACGGGAUGGCUCACCAUGACAACGCUGUCCUAAUCACCCGGUACGACAUCUGCACCUACAAGAACAAACCCUGCGGUACCUUAGGCUUGGCCUCAGUAGCUGGAAUGUGCGAGCCUGAGAGGAGCUGCAGCAUCAAUGAAGACAUCGGCCUCGGGUCUGCUUUCACCAUCGCACACGAAAUCGGCCACAAUUUUGGGAUGAACCAUGAUGGGAUCGGGAAUUCCUGCGGUACCAAAGGCCACGAGACGGCCAAACUGAUGGCCGCUCACAUUACAGCCAACACCAAUCCUUUCUCCUGGUCCGCCUGCAGUAAAGACUACAUCACCAGCUUCCUCGACUCAGGUCGGGGGACGUGUCUGGACAAUGAACCUCUGAAACGAGACUUCCUGUACCCAACAGUGGCCCCGGGGCAGGUGUACGACGCAGACGAGCAGUGUCGUUUCCAGUACGGAGCCUCCUCGCGCCAGUGCAAGUAUGGGGAAGUGUGUAGAGAGCUCUGGUGCCUUAGCAAAAGCAACCGCUGUGUAACAAACAGUAUCCCUGCUGCAGAGGGGACUCUAUGCCAGACUGGGAGCAUUGAGAAAGGGUGGUGCUACCAGGGGGAGUGUGUGGCGUUCGGUACCUGGCCUCAGAGUGUGGACGGAGGCUGGGGGCCCUGGUCCAUGUGGGGGGAGUGCAGCAGGACCUGUGGGGGCGGUGUUUCCUCCUCCAUGAGGCACUGUGACAGCCCAGCCCCAUCUGGAGGAGGGAAGUACUGUCUCGGGGAGAGGAAGCGCUACAGAUCUUGUAACACAGAUGCCUGCCCUGUCGGUGCUCGUGAUUUCCGAGAGAAGCAGUGUGCAGACUUUGACAGCAUGCCUUUUCGUGGGAAAUAUUACAACUGGAAACCUUACACUGGUGGUGGUGUUAAACCCUGCGCGCUGAACUGCUUGGCAGAGGGUUACAACUUCUACACAGAGCGCUCUCCUGCAGUCAUAGACGGCACCCGAUGUCAGGCGGACUCUCUGGACAUCUGCAUCAAUGGAGAGUGUAAGCAUGUUGGCUGCGACAACAUCCUGGGCUCCGAUGCAAAAGAAGAUCGAUGCCGUGUGUGCGGCGGGGACGGCAGCACCUGCGAGGCAACGGAGGGACUCUUCAACGAGUCUCUGCCGCGAGGAGGCUACAUGGAGGUGGUUCAGAUCCCGAAAGGAUCAGUCCACAUCGAGAUCAAAGAAGUCGCCAUAUCAAAAAAUUAUAUCGCUCUUAAAUCAGAAGGGGACGAUUAUUACAUCAACGGAGCGUGGACCAUCGACUGGCCCAGGAAGUUUGACAUCGCCGGGACGGCCUUCCACUACAAGAGACCGUCUGAUGAGCCGGAGUCUUUAGAGGCGCUGGGAGCUACCACUGAAAACCUGUUUGUCAUGGUCCUCCUUCAGGAGCAGAAUCUGGGAAUCCGAUACAAGUUCAACGUGCCAAUCCAGCGGACAGGAAGCGGCGACAACGAGGUGGGCUUCUCCUGGCACCACCUGCCCUGGUCUGAGUGCUCGGCUACCUGCGCCGGAGGCUCCCAGAAGCAGGAGGUGGUGUGUAAAAGGCUGGACGACAACUCGGUGGUCCAGAACAACUACUGUGACCCCGACAGCAAACCUCCAGAGAACCAGAGGGACUGCAACACUGAGCCCUGUCCCCCAGAGUGGUUUAUCGGCGACUGGUCAGAGUGUGGGAAGACAUGUGACGGCGGGAUAAGGACGAGGACGGUCCUGUGCAUCAGGAAGAUCGGCCCCGCCGAGGAGGAGACGCUGGAGGACACCCACUGUCUGACUCACAGACCCAUCGAACAGGAGUCCUGCAACAACCAGUCCUGUCCGCCAAAGUGGGUCACUCUGGACUGGUCAGAGUGCACGCCCAAGUGUGGACCCGGCUUCAAGCACCGCAUCGCCUUGUGUAAAAGCAGCGACCUGACGAAGACCUUCCCUCCCGCUCAUUGCCCGAGCCACAACAAACCUCCGGUCCGAAUCCGCUGCAGCUUAGGACGCUGCCCUCCUCCUCGAUGGAUUCCUGGUGAAUGGGGACAGUGUUCGGCCCAGUGCGGCCUCGGUCAGCAGAUGAGGACGGUGCAGUGUCUGUCGUACACCGGGCAGCCGUCUAACGAGUGCGCAGACUCCCUCCGACCGACCACCAUGCAGCAAUGUGAGAGCAAGUGUGACGCUACCCCCAUCUCCAAUGGCGACGAAUGCAAAGAUGUAAACAAAGUGGCCUACUGCCCGCUGGUGCUGAAGUUCAAGUUCUGCAGCCGUGCGUACUUCAGACAGAUGUGCUGCAAGACCUGCCAGGGCCACUGACCACUGGAGCACAAGAGCGUGACACAGCGAGGAAGAAAGGCAACGAGAACAAACAAAGAUGGAGGGAGGCUGAUAUGGCACUGAAAGGGAGAGAAGAAGACAACAAGGAAGACUGACCACCAAAAAAAAUCUGGCCACCAGACGAAAAGAUCUGUCAAAGGAACAAAAGGAGAGAAGUAAAGAUUUCCCUGUUGGUCACAUCUGCUCCUCCUGCCCUCCAUCACGGUGGGAGCCGAACCACUGCUCAGCCCGCGACGCUGACACAAACUGAAUUUUUUAAAAAUAUUUUUCACUUCUGUGAAGUGGAACUUGGAAGACGAUAUGUUGGUGAUGUUAUUUUUAUUAUAAUAAUAAUUAUUAAUAUCAUUGUUAGUGUUCCUUUGUGCUGGACACAUCGCUCACAGAGGAUGUUUCCCCCGCAGACGGACGGACAGAGGACGGGGGGGGGGGGGGGGGAUGACUGUGAUGGUGCUAUUGGCAGACUUUUGUCUUUGGUGCACUUUUUUUUUUUUUCUGUAUAAAUACAUUGCCAAUUUUCCGCUCAAAUACAGCGACAGAGAAACCCCAUCAGUGUACUGUAUAUUUAUUGUACAAUUCCAAACAGAGCUGAGUUAUUGUCCUCUGAUCACGAUGUUGUCAGAUAGGAGCCUACUGUCAUGGAAGGGAAUGUAAUGUGACUGAAAUCAUAUUCAGUGUCUCUGUGCUGGAGUUAAAUAUAACAUACUGUAACAUACAUGAAACCCUUAUAUAGUGUAAGGAUUUAUAUAUUAUAUAUGAUGUUAAUCCAGGACCAGAAAAAUACCAAGACUUCUUCUUUCCCCCACAUGGGUGCCUUAGUUCCUCACUCGUUAGUCCAAAGUUAGCAGUCAAGAGUGUGCCUGGGCCGCAUGAAACACUGUCACCAACCUGGCCUUUACUAAAAACAUCCCGUUAAGGAGCUUCCACUUCGCGUUUGAAGGAAUCAUUUUGAAGGAGCAUAUGCAAUGAAGCAGCGUGUUCGUUGGAUCACAGAGCAGUCACUAGUUCUUAUUCUUUUACCAUCAAACGUUGAUUAGCCGACUUUUUUUGUAUUUCACCCGAAAGCAGAGUUUAAAAGACGUUUUUGGAACUGUUGAUAUUUGCCUUCUUGCAGAGAGUUUUAUGA